UUUGGUCGACGGUUUUCGACAUCUAAUUUCUGAAGAAGAGGUGUGGGAUGAUACUUGUGCAAUGGAAGGUGCGUUCAUCAGUUAGUUUACAAGUCGAAAAGUGAUGAUUGAAACUGGUCCAUAGGAUUCUGGCUUUACUGUAAUUCGUAAAUAUUGAGUACUCAAGUAUAAUUGGUCGUUUAUAUUUAUUAUCGAAUAAAUAGACUUAAAAACAGUUAAAAUAUGAUGUCCGGGGGACAAACGCUAAACGAUAGGUUGACAGCGGCGAAACACACGAUAACAGGCCAAGGGUUAGCCCGGACAGUUUGUAAGGCAACAACCGAAGAAAUCAUCGGCCCUAAGAAAAAACAUUUAGAUUAUCUGUUACACUGCACAAGUGAACCAAAUGUCUCCAUCCCAGAAUUAGCAGAUCUACUGAUAGCAAGAACACUAAACACUUCAUGGGUUGUUGUUUUUAAGUCUUUGGUUACAAUUCAUCAUCUUAUGUGUUAUGGAAAUGAGAGAUUCACACAGUAUUUGGCAUCUAGCAAUUGUACCUUCCAACUCAGUAAUUUCGUGGAUAGAAGUGGACUUCAAGGUUAUGAUAUGUCUACUUUUAUCAGAAGGUAUGCAAAAUACCUUAAUGAAAAAGCUGUGUCUUACAGAACAGUAGCUUUUGAUUUCUGCAAGGUCAAACGAGGGAAGGAAGAUGGCAUGCUCAGAACUAUGAACACAGAAAGAUUGCUGAAGACUCUACCAGUUCUUCAAAAUCAUCUAGACUCUCUUUUAGAAUUUGAUUGUAGCUCCAGUGAUCUGAACAAUGGAGUGGUGAAUUCAUGUUUCAUGCUUCUUUUUCGAGAUCUAAUCAGGCUUUUUGCAUGUUACAAUGAUGGAAUUAUUAACCUUUUAGAAAAGUUUUUUGACAUGAACAAAAAACAUUGCCGAGAAGCAUUGGAUGUUUACAAAAAGUUCCUUAUUCGAAUGGAUCAUGUAGCAGAAUUUCUUAAGGUUGCAGAAAAUGUUGGAAUAGACAAGGGUGAUAUACCAGACCUUACUAAGGCUCCAGGUAGCCUACUUGAAGCUCUAGAACAGCAUUUAGAAGCACUCGAAGGAAAGAAAGGUGCACCUUCUCUAUCUGCUACAGCAACCAGAGGCACUAGCAAUUUGAAGAGUGCUGUUUCUGCCCUCUCUUCAACGAGCAAUGCCUUUGGAACUGUUGGUGGUACGGAUACUCAAGAAAUUAAUAGCUUAAAACCAGAAGCCAUUAAAAAAGCAUUGGAAGAGGAAGCUGCCUUCAUGAAUCAACUCAAAAAAGGGGCUUCAGGUAUCUCGGACUCCGCAAGUGUGAUGUCAGUGGAGAGAAGAAUGCAAGAAUUGGAGAAGCAUGGAAGUGAUGGUGGUAGUUCUACAAAAACAAACGAAAUGACUAUCCAAUAUAGUGAACAAACCACAAGCUCCAAAAGUCAAGAGACUUUUGAUUUCUUGUCAACAGAACCUCCAAAUAUAAAAGGAGUAACAACAGAUAGUACCAUCAGGGCUAGUGAUGAUCUUCUUUGUCUUAAUGGUAAUCCUUUUGCAGAAAAUAUUAUAGGUGGUACUAAUCAAAAGGUGAAUCAACAGGCAAUGUUUACCACCUUUGGAACAAAUAUUACAGGUGUUGCAUACACUACAUCAACAUCCCCUGCUAAUUUCAUUCCGGAAGCUUCUUUUGCUGCAGCAUUUGGAAACACCUCAGUUGCCUCUUCUGGACUCGAUGCCUUUGGUGAUGUUCUUCAGCCUCAGCAGUCAACUGUUGUUAAAUUAGCAGGAGGAACUACAGAAAGUAAAACCAACCAAAGUGGUAUAAUGAAAGGUGAUCUAGAUUCAAGUAUAGCCAGUCUCGCUCAGAACCUAGAUAUAUCUGGUUUCGGUCCACAGAUAAAAAAACAAGGAGGCCAUCAGUGGAGUUCCCCAAAGAAUGAAAAUAAAUCGGGUAUUGGGGCAAGCUGGAUGCAACCCAUGCCAUCAACUGUAGUUCCUAUGGGAUGGGCAUCACCACAACAUGUAUAUCAACAAACAAUGACGACUCCUGCAAGCCACUGGAGUACGGCAGGCCAUUACUCUCAGCAGACUACAGUUCCAAGUAUGGUUACUCCACAUACUUAUAUGUUAGCAGGUAUGAGAGGACCUAUGGCUCCAGUUGGUAUGGGAAUGAGUUUUGGUCCUCCCUUACCUUUGCAUCAAUCUUCUUUGAGAAUGUAUGCUGGUAUGCAGCCUCAGCAACCUGUUCCCUCUCACACCAGUAAUUCCCACACCACUGCCUCAACAGUUAAUGACCCAUUUGGUGCUUUAUGAAGAGGCCACAACUAUCACAUUUAGAAGGUACCAGACAUGCAUGGUUGGGGACCAUAUGUUUCUUCAUUGGAAAUAGAUACCCACCCCAACAUUGUGAUUUCAUUGCAAGGCUUUUUAUUAUUAUUUCCUCAACAAGUUAGAUAUUCUUUUAUCUUGCAUUUGAUAAACAAGCACAAGUGGAGAUGCAUUUGCCAAUUAAUAACCUUUGUUGACGUUCACAUAUUCGUAUUAUAACUACAUAAAUAUGCAAGUUGUGAUCUAGUUGAGAUUCAUUAUUUUCAUAACCUUGUACUAUGUAUCUGUAAAAUCUACCUCUAGAAUAAUAUGCGAGAGUUCUAGCAAAACAUGUAUCUCAACUUGGAACUUUUAAUUUGCUGAUAACAUAAAGUUUGAGUAACUUCACUUAAGUUUUCAAUAAUUUUGUAUGUAUGUAUAUAAAUAAAUAAACUAUAUAUAUAAUUGUUAUUAAAUGGUCAUUUUUAUGUGAUUUUGUCCUACUUACAAAAUAAUAACUAAUUCAUAUUGCACAUUUUCAAAUUACUUGGCUUGAUCAAAAAGCAACAUGCUUUGUUAAAAUAUAUAAGUAUGUUCAAGAAUGCUAAACAGGAGAGUGUUAGAACUUAGAUUUGAUGUUGUAUUUUUUCAUAUUCUAAUUGAAAAUAUCCAUUCAAGUUUUUUUAAACUUGCAUUUCCUUAGAGUAUGAUUUUGCUUACUUUUAUUGUAAGACAAUGAAAAAGAAAUAGUUUAAUAAUUUAGUAGAAUAUUUUGCAAGAAACAAGCAAAGAGUUGAACUGUAUUUUUAGCUUGAAUUGACAAACUAUUUUUGCAGUUUCUUUGGAUCAAUUGUUAAGUUUUUGUUUGUGUUUUUUUUUUUUUUUGUGUGUGUUUACACAGAAGUUUGUUUUUCUUUUUGACUCUUCCAGUCUUGGUUAGUUGAAUCUUAGCAUCUGAAUAAAAGGUAUACCUGUAGUUGUAAGGAUAUAGGAUCAAGUGUAGAAUAAACUCAACUCUGGGGUAAUAUAUGAGAGAAAUGUUUAUUUAUGGUUCUGAUUGUUUUUCAUUAUGUUUUGUAUCAUUUUAUAUUGAAUUGUCAUAUAUUAUCUCUUCAUAUAGUAUCUAAUUACAUUUCCAAAUUGGGUUGGUUAGAAAAAUUGUAUUUUCUGAAAUUAAGUGUUGUAUUCUUAUUUGCUAAGAUUUGAGAUCAACAUUUGUUUGAAAUAUUUUUUUCAGUUCUCUAUUUCUCACAAUAUACUUUACAGUUUUUUAACACUUUGACCAACAGAGAUUUCCAUUUUGGAAAAAGUUGCGUUUUUUGUAGCUAAUUAGUUUAACAUGAAAUUAGAAUUAUUGGUAUUUUUAUAUUGAUUAGUUUAUUAAACGUAAUAAAAAAUGUUUUGUAUCAAAAUUAAUUAACUGUUUUUUAGUAUGAGUUUUUGUCUUCUGUUUCUCUCAUAUACAUGUUGCAUAUUAUUCUAAUCUCAAAACUAUAGGUUGAAAAAAAUAGGUUUCAGGUAGUUUUAAAAUCAUAAUCUGAUUUUGUUGAUUGUUAAUCUUUCAUUAUUAACCAAUAUUAUGUUCAAAAUGUAAAACAUAUCAAGCACUAUUAAGUAUUUUUUUGUAAAACUUUUGUUUUUUAUUAAUUUUCUUCUAAUCUUUCUCAUGAAAAUGAAGGAGAUUGGAUUAAGUACUGUUAUUUAUCCUUUCAAACUAGUUCAAGCAGUGCUUCUCAAGAAAAAUCUUUUAAAAAAACACAAUUAGAUGGGGUUGUGGUAUUGUAGCCUUAAAACUACAUCGAGAACCUCAUGUUCUGCAUGAAAAUUAUAACAUGGCUUUGUAUUGUAUUCAGUCUUUUCUCAUAAAAAUCAAUAAAACCAAGUGUUA